AUGACGUUCUCUCAAGUAAAAGAUUCCGGAGGUAAAAUAGUCCCCCGUUCGGAUCUCCGGGUGGGGACUACUAGAGAGGAAAGAAUGGUCAAGGAAAGUAGACAAGAUAGAAAAAUAGUAACCUGGGAUGUACGAACCUUACUACAAUGUGGGAAACUGGAUAAUCUAAAAAUAGAAAUGACAAGGAUGAACAUUGAUAUUCUGGGAAUUUCGGAAGUAAGAUGGCCUGAAGCUGGAAAUAUAUGGAGUGGAGAUUAUAGAUUUAUAUACUCAGGCACAUCUGCUGAAAACCCUGGAAGGGGAGGAGUUGGCAUAAUGCUUAGAAAAGACAUUGGAAAGAAAGUGAAAAGUUACGUGCAAUACAGUGAAAGGAUUAUUCUUGUUAAAAUAGAAACCAAACCAAAAGACACAAUCAUAGUACAAGUCUAUAUGCCAACCUCCAACAGUAAUGAUAGCCAAGUAGAAGAAGUAUACGAACAAAUAGAGAAAGCUAUUGAAACAAUCAAAGGAGAAGAAAAUCUGAUCAUCAUGGGAGACUGGAACGCAAUAGUAGGAGAAGGAAAAGGAGAAAGAAAUAUUAUGGGAAAAUAUGGUUUGGGAAAAAGGAAUGAUCGGAGAGAUAGACUGGUGGAAUUUUGUGCAAAACAUGAUCUGAUAAUAACGAAUACAUGUUUCGAUCAUCACCCAAGGAGAAGGUACACAUGGAAAAUUCCAGGAGAUGUGGGAAGGAGAGGAAACACCAAUCGAUGGCAAACUAGUAAACUAAAAGAAGAAAAAGUAAAUGAAAAGUUUAAAGAAUACACAAAUAAAAUAAAAACACAAGAAGAACAGGACAUUAAAACCAGGUGGACUUCCUUGAGAGAAACAACUACAAAUGCGGCAACUGAGACAAUGAAAGAAACAAAAGCACAUUACCGAGAAAAGAAUGGAUAA